GAGGAACCCGAGGCACUACAGAGGUAGUGUCUCCCACCCGCCCUCUUCCUCUAACCUAAUAAUAAGCAGGACCCGGUGCCUUUCUGUCAGGGAUAAGUUGUUGGGAGUGUCUAUCCAGACGAACUGUGCACUGCAUCUGUCAGUGCUAUAGACAGAAGAGCAGUCUUGGAGAGUGCCGACAAGAGAAGCUCCACAGAACUGAUCAACUGCGUCCACUGGAGUUCAAAAAGGAACAGGGACAACUGAAGGAAACGACCAUCCAAAUACAGUGCUCAGCCCAUCAGUAUGGCAGGACCAGCAGUAGAUUCCCUGGAACUGGCAAAAGCCAGCACCGAGGUUGCAACUGCAAUGGUUGCAGUGAGAAAUACGAUGUCAGUUGUUGAGAGUUUCGAAAAAUUCGCCUCUGCUGCUGGAGCAGUAGGAGCUGUUUUUGGUGUAGCAGCAGCAAUUGUUAAACUUGCUAUGGGUAAUGUGGAGAGUGAGGAGCUGAGAUAUAUGAAGGAGCAGUUCCAGAUAGUCAGGAACCAGCUGGAUGUCAUUUCAGGUCAGAUUCAGCAAGUGCUUCAGGCUAUUGAACAAAGUACAGUUAAUAAUCAGUACUUCCCCAUUGAGGAGAAUCUGAGAAACCAAUUCAGGAAGUACAUGGACAUCCUGAACACAAAACCGGAAUACCGGGAGAAGGAGAAAGAAGAAUUCCUCACACACUUCAAUGAGACUAAAGGUGACCAGAACCUUCACACACUCUAUGAUGCUGUGAUGGGGUAUUCUGCCAUCUUUGGUAAACCCAUUCUGGAAACUGCCAUGGAAUAUGACCAGAGGAACCGGCGUUUGAUGGAAAAACUCUGCUGCAGUCUCAAAGAGCUCUUCUGCAUUGGCCUGAUUGCGCUGGUGGGUCACUCCGCUAUCACUGGGACUGAUGUAGAGGCAUUAAAGAGAGAGUGGAAUGAGAAAAUGGACAAAGUAGAGAAUAAAAUGAAAUCCAUGAUAGAUCGGUGCAUCAAUGAGUUUGCUGAGCAGGCAGAAAUAGAUGUUGAGAAAAUGAUAAAUGAAAAGGGUGGAAGAGAUAACAGUGAAUGUGUAAGUUACAUUCUCAAUGAUUUAACAAAGAAAUAUGACUGGGUUAAAUGGUCUGUACGGGUCUAUAACCCUGUCAGUGGCUUCGGCAGUCACUGUGUCAUUGGCCCCAAUCGGUUUCACUUUUUCAGACACAAUGGGGUUAAUGCUGUUGUCUCCUAUGUAAUUGAUCCAAAACCAAUUAAUGAAAGUCACAUAAAGCAGUUAAUGGAGGGGAAAGAUGGCUGGUCUGAUGCAAAAGCUGUUGCAGAACAUGUGGACAAACACCUUCCCUCUGGGCAUGUUGUACAUGUAGUGAGACGCUACAAUGGUCUGUGGAACCACAGUAACAUUCCUGCAAGUUGUCAUUUCUGGGAAAAUUAUUCUGGUGUCACCCUGUGUGUCCAUUCCACAUAAACAUCCUCCUGAGUUUUCCAGUUCCUCCUCCCCUGAGUUGAUGCUGCUGUGCUUCAGGGCAUGAGGGAUUGAUUUUGGAUACAUUACUUGAUAAUUCAUUGCCACCUAUUUCACCACAAACCAAUGAAUUCUGAAGUUAUUCUCUGAAGUUUGAUUACACAUUUGACCAUUUAUC